AGUUAUCUAAUUGUUGUGAACAGAAAAACUGCGAAACAUUGUCCUUUCUUUGUCAGAGUGUGAGAGAGAUGAGCUACAUCAGGAAGUGAAGACCAUGCAGGUAGAGGAAGAGGCACGGAGUAAAUUAGAGGAGAAGACACAAGUGCUGGAGGCUCAACUGUCCACUACUCAGCUCUUACUUGACAAGGAGAAAUCCAAGUACCAGAAUGCUUGUCGCCAACAGGAGUCACUGCAGGCCAAGCAGAGGUCUCUGCUGGAGCGAGUGGAUGCUCUGGACCAGGAGUGUGAGGAGCUUCAGGGACAGUUAGGGAAGAGUGAGGACCGACAGACCGACCUACAGGAACGACUGACACACAUCUCAGAGGAGAAGGACCAACUUGAAACCCAGCUCACCCAAGAACAGGCCUUGUGUUCUGAGCUUCAGCAGGAGAAGCAGAGACUGGAGAGUCACGUGGGUGAGCUGAAAGACAGUGUGAAUCAGUUGAGAGGAGAGGUGCAGGAGUUAGCCCAGAGGGAGAGGCUGAUGGUGGCUUUCCCGGAGCUCACCCCCCUGCCUCAGGGAUCUCCACAGAGCACAGGGGAUGUGUUGGGGGAUAUGGAGCAGCAGUUUCAGGCUAACUAUGUUCGGAUUAGGGUUCUGGAGCAGGAGAAUAGCACCCUGCACAGUAGCCUGGUGAAACUGAGGGAUAGAGCCCAACUAGGGGCCUCCAUGGUGGAGUCCAAGAUUACCUGCCCCAGCAGCUGUGGAUUCACCCAGUCUCUGCCUGACACACCCAGAGAGAGCCAGCUAAAACCCACCCCCUAUGUACAACACAGCCCUCUUCAGAGCUCCAGUGCAGGAUUGUUGAAACAUGGAGUGAGGAAGAAGGGAGCAGAUGAAGGGGCCGUCCCUAUGGAGAUGAGGCCUCGGGAUCACUUGUCCACCGCUACCUCGUCAUUCUCUGCCACCUCCACUACAUCUCUGGUGCACCAGCAGACCCUCCGGCUCUCCCCAGACACCAGUGCAGCCAGAACCUACACAAGGAUACGCCAGGCAUCCAGAACCCGCUCUGUUUGCAUGCACACGAGGAAGAAGUGAAUCCAGCACUUGGUGAUCAACCUCAUGGUGACAAUUUUUGGAGCAUAACAAUGCUCAAAGAGGCGAGGGCUGAAAGAGGCUGUUGUUUGAAGUGUAUGUCAGGCAUCUCCAUAAGGAGACUGUGAUAAGACACAGAUGAUUUGAGCAGAGAAACAAUACAGCUAAGCUACAGAGUUCAGGAUCUUUGUCAACAUUGAUCUGGCUUAAAGUCACUAUUUACCAGAAAAUUAAUUUGCAUUCAUACACAAUACAACUGUGGUGUCAUGUUUUUUAUUUCUUGAACUGUGUUAAUCAUUUUUCUGCACUGAAUCCAGUGUUGGGGAGUAGUGCAUUUUGUAGUAGCUUGGUGGUAGUUGAACUAAAUUCUAAUCUUGGUAGUGUUUUAAGUAGUAUUUAACUUUUUCCCUCAUGUAGCGGUGUAGCUAACUACUGGAACUACCCACAACUUUUUUGCAAAAAUAAAAUAUGGGUGAAGUAGACAAUUUUCUACUUUUUCGGCAUCAGACCUU